CUUCUCAAAGCACAGCGCGCGUGUGAUUUGACAGUCGCAUCUUUCCGUGUGUCCGUGAGCGCGCGCGUGUGUAUGUUUACGAUCGUCGUGCUCCACGUGCGGCGUGUGGAUGCGCUCCUCGCACGCUGUCGGUAACAGAAACCAUGACCGGCGUGCCGCGCGACCCCUUCUACUCUUCUCCGUUCGGUCCGUUUUACCGGAGACACGCGCCCUACCCGGUACAGCCGGAGUACCGGAUGCACGAGCUCAACAAACGGCUCCAGUCCCGGCCUGAGGACUGUGAUAUUCUGUGGUGGGAUGCAUUCUGCACUGAGUUCUUUGAAGAGGAUGCCACAUUAACACUCUCAUUCUGCCUGGAGGAGGGACCCAAGACAUAUACCAUUGGACGCACCCUGAUCCCUCGUUACUUCAGUUCUCUAUUUGAAGGAGGAGUCUAUGAGUUGUUUUUUGAGCUGAAACAGACAAAGGAGUCGUUCAACAACUCAAUGAUUACUGUCGACUCUCAUCACUGUACUAUGACAACACAACAUGGCAAACCUACUUUCACUAAGGUGUGUACAGAAGGUCGUCUGAUUCUUGUGUUCACUUUUGAUGACCUUAUGAGAAUCAAAACAUGGCACUUCACUAUCACACACUACAGUGAGCUCAUUCCUCGAAGCGUUUUGGCUGUUAAUGCACAAGACCCUGGAGCUGUGGAGCAACUGUCCAAAAACAUCAGUCGAGUGGGACUUACCAACCUCACACUGAACUACCUCAGAUUGUGUGUGAUUCUAGAGCCGAUGCAGGAGCUAAUGUCUAGGCAUAAGACAUAUGGACUGAGUCCCAGAGACUGCCUGAAGACCUGCCUCUUUCACCAGUGGCAGAGAAUGACAACACCACCAGUUGGACCCUCGCCCAACUUCAAGACAGAAAUAUUUCCCUCUAAUUCCAAAAAAUCAGAACCAGCCAAACCAGCAACAAAGAGACGGCGGAGGAGGAACUCAGCUGGUAGCGCAUCCAAUAGCAGCACAGGAAACAGCAAGAAGCGCAGCCCAGCCAAUAAUUUCAGCCUACCCUCACAGGAUGUAAUGUUGGUAGGGGAGCCCUCUCUAAUGGGAGGGGAGUUGGGUGACGUGGACGAACGUUUGAUCACACGCCUAGAGAAUGAACAAUAUGACCCUGUCAACGGUCUCCAUGACUACACUAACUCACCGACACUUGGAAACGGCAGCUCCUGGAAUGGACAACACCCUAGCAACCAGGACAGUAAGCCUGAUACCAUGGCAACGCAGCAGUUGGAGUAAUGCAAUAUGACAAUGGGUAGCUAUGGCAACGGCGCUGUCAAGGGAUAGGGGUAUUUUCAACUGUAGAAGAAAUUGCUGGAGAGAAGGUGUAUGUGUGUGUGCAUGCUUGCGUUUAUGUUGGUAUGUGAUUUGGUAUUCCAUACUUGAGACAUACAGCUUUAACCAUUUAGUGUAAUGUAUAAAAAAUAAAAAAUAAAAUAAAAAAACUGCUAAUUGCUCUGGUAAUCAGCUGGGUAAAACCCAGGGAAAGCCUUGUAUAUAUACAGAUCUAUCCAUUUCAUAUUAGAAAUUUUUCAGCCUUUUUUAAGGCUCAGUGGAUGUCUCAGCUUCGUUCUGUACGUACUGUUUGGUUUUGCUACAGCAACUUGAUGAAAAAAGCCCCAUUGUGAACACUUUAGCAUUUUUGACCAUAAACGCAGAUAUCUUUAUUGCCCUAAAGUUGAAUUCAUAUUGUAAAACACCUGCAGAUUUGUGCUGUUCUGUAUUUUAUGUAUGGUUUUCAAUUAUUUGCAUUAAUAGAAUGUGUUUGGUUAUUAUAUCUGA